AUGAUAAUAAUUAUUAUUAGUAGUGGAAAAUGUUAUGAUCUUUUAAAAAUUAGAAAUACAAGUUAUGGAUAUGUUAAUGGAAUCAAGUUAGAUACUAUAGGUAAUGACAAAAAAUAUGCUUUUUAUGGUAUACCAUAUGGUAUUAUAACAAAUAAAAGAUUUGAUGCUUCUGUACCUCCAAAAAAAUGGAAUAUAAUAAAAAAUGUAACUUCAUAUGGUGAUUCUUGUUUAUUGAAAAAUGAAGAAAGUAAUAUUAAUGCAAAUAAUAUAACUGAAGAAUGUUUGGAUCUUAAUAUUAUCACAACAAGGUAUUGUUUAUUAUAUGGUAAUUGUCCUGUUCUUCUACUUAUUUCUGGAAACGAUUAUAAAUUUAGAAAAAAAAAUAUAACAAAUACAAAUGAUAUAUUAGAAGUUUUAAUUUAUCAAGAUAACGAAAAUAUAGUUGUUGUUGAAGGCAACCAUAGAUCAGGAAUAAUUGGAAAUUUAGAGUUAAAUGGAAAUUUUUAUAAUUUAUCAAUGAAUACAAAUGUUGGUUUACAAGAUAUAUAUGAUAUUCUUAAAUGGAUACAAAAUGAAAUAACCUCAUUUGGUGGUAAUCCAGGAGAUGUAACAUUAAUGGGAUUUGGUGAUGGAGCAAUAGAUGGAAGUAUAUUAUUAUAUUCCAAUAAUGAUAAAAUAUUAUUUGAUAAAUUAAUUUCAAUUCCAAUGUCAGAUGAAUAUAAAUGGAAUAAAAAAAAUAAUAAUGAAAAUAUUAGUAGAAGUGUUGCCACUGAAGUUGGAUGUGCUGACAUAAAUACAAAUUGGAAUUCAUAUAAUCAGGUAGAAAUAGUUCUUCAAUGUAUGAAGUCUAUCGAUAUAAUAAAAUUAAUUCAAAGUGAAAAAAAACUUGAAGAUGCUGGAUAUGAAAAAGCUUUACCAUUUAUAGAUUUUGGAAAUAAUUCUUUUUUCCAGUAUUCUCAUAAUGAUACAAUUGUUAAAAAAAAAGAAGUUCCAGUUCUUAUGAUUGGUUAUGUGGCAAAUAAUAAAACUAAAGAUAUCCCAUCUUUUUGCCAAUUUUAUAUUAGCUAUUUUGAUUUUAACAAUAAUUCUUUGAUAGAAUCUUUUAAUAUAUCAAUAAAAGAUCUUGAUAAAAAAAUGGUUUGGAAGGAUGAAAAUUUUGGAUUAUUUUCAUUAGGAAAAAAUGAAUGUUUAAAAAAUUUUAAUUCUACAAAAGGAUCAUUUAUUUACCAUUACAAUUUCUUAACUUUAAAUCCUUCUCUUUUUAAUUCAUCAUGUUUUGGAAAUGAGUCAGCUUAUAACAUGGAAAGCAUUUUUUCCAUGGAAAGAAAUUUAAGCAUUGGGGCAUCUAGUGUUAUUUUUAAUACCUUCCAAAGUGGUUUAGUAAACUUUAUAAAAAGUGGUUCAUUACAACCUAUAGAAGAAAAUAUCUAUGAUAAUAAUUUUAUUAUUCCAACAGAAAAUAUAAUUAUUGAAAUUAUGGAUCAUGGUUUAAAAAUACAUCUAUUAACAGAGAGAAAUAAACUUGAUGAUUAUUGGAAAACAUUCUUAAGUACAAAUAUGAUUAAUAAUACUUAUCCAACAUCAAAUCAAGAUGAAAUAAUGAAAAGAUUAGUAAGUAUAACAGUUUUAAUACCUCCAAAAGAUAAACUUUUAAUUAGAGAAAUAAGUAAUGGAAAAUUAAGAGGAAUUAAAGUAUACUCUUCUGAUAACAAAAUUUAUGGUUAUGCUUAUAGAGGUAUACCAUAUGGCUUACCUCCUGUUGGUUCUUUACGUUUUAAAGCACCUUUAGAAGCAGAAAAGUGGAAAGGUAUUAAAAAUUGUACAUCAUUAAGUAAAAUGUGUCCUUACUCAAGUCAUUUUAUGAAAACUAGUUAUAAUCCAAAAGAUAUGUCUGAAGAUUGUUUAUAUCUUAAUGUAUAUACUAGUAAAAAAUGUUUAAAAGAUGGUAAAUGUCCUGUAGUAUUAUAUAUAUAUGGUGGAAAAUUUGUUACUGGUAGUUCAAGAAACUUUAAAGAAUCAACCUUAAUUGAAAAUUUUGCCAAUGAUGAAAGAAAUAUCAUUUUUGUUAAUUUUAAUUUUCGUAGUGGUAUAUUAGGAUUUUUGGCUUUAAAUCAAAAAUUAAAUUUACCAAUGAAUAGUAAUGUUGCUUUACAUGAUAUUAUAGCUGUAUUGAAAUGGAUUCAAAAAAAUAUCAAAUAUUUUGGUGGUAAUAAAAAACAAGUAACUUUAGCAGGAGGUUCUUCUGGUGGUGUUAUAGCAAGUUACCUUUAUGCAUCUCCAUUGACUUAUGGAUUAAUACAUAAAGUUAUUAUUAUGUCUGGUCCACAUAAUCAUGUUUUUUUUAGAAAUGCUAACGAAUUUUAUGGAAGGCAAACAGCUAUAAUAGCUGGUUGUGCGACUAUUUACACUAAUUGGGAAUCUAUUGAUGAAAUUGAAAAAACUUUGGAUUGUUUGAGAAAUUUAAAUUUAUAUAAACUUAGUGAUAGUGAAAGAAGAGUUCAAUAUAAUUGCUGGCAAUAUAUGGGACCAUCAACAGAUUAUGGACCAAAUUCAGUAAUGCAAUAUGAUUGGGAAACAUUAUCAAUACGUAAACCUGGUAUUCCCAUACUUAUUUCAAGUUGUACACAUGAGCUACAAGCUGGAAUGUUUCUACUUAAUCCAAAUGGAACUGUUAAUAUAGAUAAAUUAAGAAUGUAUUGCAAAACAUUUUUCAUGUUUUUUAAAUUUGAAAAUCCACAAAAAUUUGUUGAAGAAUGUGUUGAAGAAUAUAAAAAUAAUAGAGAAAGAACAAUAGAUAUAAUAGAUGAUGAGACUAUAUUUACAUCAAAUGUUAUCUUAUCAAGAGAUGCAAUAAAAAGAGGAAGUGAUGUAUUUUUAUACCAAUAUUCAUUUAAAAAUGAAGGUGAAGCAAUAACAAAACAAAAUUUUUUAGUAACACCAAACCAUGUAUCUGGAUUAAUCUAUUUAAUAGGUUUAUAUAAAAAUAAAUUUACUGAAAGAGAUUACAAGAUUCAAAAAUUUUAUUCAAGAAUAUUUACAAAUUUUAUAAAAUAUUCCAAUCCAAGUGAUGAUGAAAUUAAAUUUGAAAAAUAUGAUCCAGAAAAACGUAAUUAUUUUAAUAUUGAUUUUGACGAUAAAGGUAAUUCUUUAAGUUCAAUGAAAAAUAAAUACAAAGAGGAGGCUAUCAAUUUUUGGUUUAAGAAGCUACCAAAUAAAGUUGGUCAUUUUGUUCGAAGAAGAUCGGAAGAUGAAAUGGUAAAACUUUUACCAGUAUUAAAUGAAAUGGAUCAACAAUAUAAAUUUUUAAUAAGAGAAAUAAGUAAUGGAAAACUAAGAGGAAUGAAAGUACACUCUCAUGAUAAAAAAAUUUAUGGUUAUGCUUAUAGAGGUAUACCAUAUGGCUUACCUCCUGUUGGUUCUUUACGGUUUAAAGCACCUUUAGAAGCAGGAAAGUGGAAAGGUAUUAAAAAUUGUACAACACAUAAUAAAUGGUGCCCCUACUCUAGUCAUUUUAUGAAAACUAACUAUACUUCAAAAUUUAUGUCUGAAGAUUGUUUAUAUCUUAAUGUAUAUACUAGUAAAAAAUGUUUAAAAGAUGGUAAAUGUCCUGUAGUAUUAUAUAUAUAUGGUGGAAAAUAUGUUACUGGUAGUGCAGAAAAGCUUACUGAAUCAACUUUAAUCGAAAAUUUUGCCAAUGAUGAAAGAAAUAUCAUUUUUGUAAAUUUUAAUUUUCGUAGUGGUAUAUUAGGAUUUUUGGCUUUAAAUCAAAAAUUAAAUUUACCAAUGAAUAGUAAUGUUGCUUUACAUGAUAUUAUAGCUGUAUUGAAAUGGAUUCAAAAAAAUAUCAAAUAUUUUGGUGGUAAUAAAAAACAAGUAACUUUGAUGGGACAUUCUUCUGGUGCUGUUUUAGCAAGUUACCUUUAUGCAUCUCCAUUGACUUAUGGAUUAAUACACAAAGCUGUUUUUUUGUCUGGUGCACAUGUUCAAGCUUAUUACAAAGACGCCAACGAAUUUUAUGGAAGGCAAACAGCUAUAAUAGCUGGUUGUGCAACUGUUUACACUAAUUGGGAAUCUAAAGAUGAAGUUGAAAAAAUUGUAGAAUGCUUGAGAAAUUUAGAUUUAGCUAAACUUAGUGAUAGUGAAAGAAGAGUUCAAUAUAAUUGCUGGCAAAUGAUGGGACCACCAGUAGAUUAUGGACCAAAUUCAGUAAUGCAACAUGAUUGGAAAACAUUAUCAAAAAACAAACCUGAUAUUCCAGUUCUUAUAGGCGGUAGUAUGAAUGAAUUAGAAAGUGGAAUGUAUUUAAUUCAUCCAAAUGAUACUGUUAAUGUAGAUAAAUUAAGAAUGUAUUGUCAAACAUUUUUCAUGUUUUUUAAAAUUGAAAAUCAACAAAAAUUUAUUGAAGAAUGUGUUGAAGAAUAUAAAAAUGAUAGAGAAAGAACAAUAAAUAUAAUGGAUGAACAAAGUGUAUAUACAACAAAUGUUAUCUUAGCAAAAGAAGCAGAAAAAAGUGGAAGUAAUGUAUAUUUAUAUCAAUUUUCAUUUAAACAUGACGAUGAAGUAAUAUCCAAAAAUGUUUUCCCAUUAAAACCACACCAUAUAUCUGAAUUAGUUUAUUUAAUAGGUUUAUAUAAAAAUAAAUUUACUGAAAAAGAUUACAAGGUUCAAAAAUAUUAUUCAAGAAUGUUUACAAAUUUUAUAAAAUAUUCCAAUCCAAGUGAUGAUAAAAUUAAAUUUGAAAAAUACGAUCCAGAAAAAAAUAAUUAUUUUAAUAUUGAUUUUGAUGAUAAAGGCAAUUCAUUGUGUACAAUGAAAAAUGAAUAUAAAAAAAAGGCUAUAGAUUUUUGGUUUAAGAAGAUACCAAAUACUGUUGGUCAUUUUGCUCCUAGAACAUCAGAAGAUGAAAUGAUUAAACUUCAACCAAUAUUAAAUGAAUUGGAUAACCAAUUUAGAAAAACAAAUUAUGGUUUUGUUAAAGGAAAAAAAAUAACAACUUCCAUCAAUAUAACGGGAUAUGGUUUUUUUGGAAUUCCAUAUGCUUCACCACCAAUAGGUGAAUAUAGAUUUAAAGCAUCAUCUGAACCAAAAAAAUGGUUUGGAAUAAGAAAUAGUACAGAAUUUGGUAAAAAUUGUAUAUGGAAUUCAGCUAGAACAUCAAAAGUUCCAAAUAAAGAUAUAUUAUCUGAAGAUUGUUUAUUUAUUAAUAUUUUUUCUGGUCAAAAAUGUCUUGUCAAAGGUAAUUGUUCUGUUGUUUUAUAUAUACAAGGUGGAAAAUAUACAUAUGGUGAUUCUAGUAGUUUGAAUACAGAAAUGUUAAUUGAAAAUUUUGUUAGUAGAGAUAUUGUUGUUUGUACCAUAAAUUACAGACUAGGAUUUUUAGGAUUUGGUAUUUUAAAUUAUAAAUUUGAAAAUUUAUCUAUGAAUAGUAAUGUUGCUUUAUUUGAUGUCUUACAAAGUUUGAAGUGGAUUAACACUGAAAUUAAAUAUUUUGGUGGUAAUAACAAUGAUGUUACAGUAAUGGGACAUUCAUCCGGUGGUAUGAUCAGUAAUUUUCUUUUUUAUUCUAAAAGAAGUGAAAAAUUAAUUCAUAAACAUAUUAUUAUGUCUGGAUCCAUAAAAGAUGGGCAUUUUCAGAAUGGUAAUCAAAUGUAUAGUAGAAAAAUUGCUAUAAUUUGUGGUUGUGCAUAUAAUACCACAAACUGGGAUUCAUUAUCUGAUGUUGAAGAUGUCUUAAAGUGUCUUAGAAGUAUUGAUGCUCAGAAAAUUGUUGAUUCACAAAAAAAUGUUGAAGAAACUGGUGUUGAAAUUUUUGCUCCAACUUUCGAUAAAGGAAUAAAUUCUUUUCUUCUAUAUGAUUUUGACUAUCUUGUUAAAAGUAAACCAAAUAGAAAAUUAUUAAUUGGAAAUACAUAUUAUGAAUUUGUAGAAGGUGAAAAUUGUAUAAAACCUAAUAGUAAUAAUGCUAUAGAAAGUAAUGUAUUAAUUCUAUGUAAAAAACUUUGUUCAUUAUUUGAUUUUGUCAAUACUACUGUUGCUGUUGAGGAAUGUCUGAAGGAAUAUAAAGAAGGAUAUUUUAAGAUUCUUGAUAUGACAUCUGAUAUUGAAAUAUUUUUACCAAAUCUUAGACAAUGCUAUGAAAAUUAUAAUAAUGAUGUUGAUUCUUAUUUAUAUCAAUUUAAUUAUAGUGAUUUAAAAGAAACACUUGAUAUCAAUUUUAAAUGGCUUCCAGAACAUGCUAAUGAUAUUGUUUAUAUAACAGGACAACAUAGGAAAACAUUUAAAAAUGUUGAUCAUAUAAUACAAGAAAAAUAUUCAAGAAUAUUUGCUAAUUUUAUUAAAAAUUCAUCUCCAUCUGAUGAAGAAAUUAAAUUUGAUAAAUUUGAUCCAUUAAAAAAUAACUAUUAUGUUGUUGAUUUUGACAAAAAUGGAACUUUAACGGGUGGGAUGGUAAAUAACUAUCGAAUAGAUGCCGUUAAAUUUUGGAAUGAAAAAUUAGUUAAAGUUGUUGGACCAUAUAAAAGUGCAAUUGAUGAAAGUAAUUUUCUCAAUGUUUAUCCUGAUGCACUUAGUUUAAUUGCAAAUACAACUUUGAAAAAUUUUACCUAUCCCAAGUCUUAUUACAACAAUAAUAGUUUAAAAAAUAUUUCAAAAAAUAUGGGUGAUUUUAAAAAUUUACCAGAAAAUGCUACAGAUUCUACAUUUUCUAUAAUCAUAUUUUUGACAUUAUUUGCUGCAUUAACUUAUAUACUCGUUAAAAAUUGUAGAAGAAUGGAAUCAAAUUCUUAUCAUGUUUUUACAUAA